GCCAUCUGUCUCUGGCUCUACUUUCUGAAAGCAGAGCUGAGAAAAUAAAGCGACAAUGGUUCAAAGGCUCACUUAUCGUACUCGCCAUAGCUAUGCUACCAAGUCAAAUCAACACCGUGUCGUUAAGACCCCAGGUGGGAGAUUGGUUUAUCAGACUACUAAGAAGAGAGCAAGUGGGCCUAAGUGCCCUGUUACUGGAAAGCGAAUUCAGGGUAUUCCUCACUUGAGGCCUGCUGAAUACAAGCGGUCGCGAUUGCCUAGGAACCGAAGGACUGUGAAUCGUGCCUAUGGUGGUGUUUUGUCAGGCAGUGCUGUUAGAGAAAGGAUAAUCCGGGCCUUCUUGGUUGAAGAACAAAAGAUCGUGAAGAAGGUUCUCAAAAUCCAGAAGGCAAAGGAUAAGCAAUCCUCAAAGAGCUAGUAAUUUUAUUGCUGAUGAAAGCCGAAUUGUGUUUGGUUUGUUGGAGAAAUGUGGAACUGAGUUUCAAUAUUUUUCCUAUUAGGUAUUUUCAUACUGAUCAGUUUGUUGCUUGUUCACUCGACAAUGUAUCGAUUGUGAAGUUAUUGUUUAAUGAUGAUCUUGAUUUUGUUUUA